UGAAUGGGAAAAGAAAUCGCCAUUAAUGGUGAUAGAAGGUACGCAUUUUUUCGCGUUAGCUAUGGGUGAAUCUUUCGACAUUACAGUACUGAUGGCACAGAAGGUAACAAAUGCCUGUCGAACGUGUGACAGUGGUUUGCUCCAUCGCUGUUGCAACGGCCAACACUUUAUCGUAUUUCGUUCUUUUUUUAGCUGUGGCCCUUUCAUCGUCGCGAAAACAUGCCUCGUUGUUUGAUCAAAUCGAUGACAAGGUAUAGGAAGACCGAUAAUUCUUCCGAAGUAGAGGCAGAAUUACCAUGGACUCCGCCAUCGUCGGUCGACGCGAAGAGAAAACAUCAGAUUAAAGACAAUUCCACGAAAUGCAAUAAUAUAUGGACCUCCUCGAGAUUACCAAUUGUAACACGUUACACCUUCAAUAAAGAGAACAAUAUAUUUUGGAACAAGGAGUUGAAUAUAGCAGACGUGGAAUUGGGCUCGAGAAAUUUUUCCGAAAUUGAAAAUACGAUACCGUCCACCACUCCAAAUGUUUCUGUGAAUACCAAUCAGACAAUGGUGGACACGAACAAUGAACAAAAGGUGGAAAAAGUGCAAAUACCAUUGCCCUCGAACGCGAAAAAAGUAGAGUAUCCGGUAAACGUGAGUAAUAACGAGAUCAAGGUGGCUGUGAAUUUAAAUAGGAUGUUCGAUGGGACUGAGAAUCAAACGACCUCGCAGACUUUGUAUAUUGCUACGAAUAAGAAACAGAUUGAUUCCCAGAAUCAAUAUUUAGGAGGGAAUAUGAAAACUACAGGGGUGGAGAAUCCCCAGAAUUGGAAGAGAAAUAAAACUAUGCAUUAUUGCCCUUAUUGUCGCAAGAGUUUCGAUCGUCCAUGGGUUUUGAAGGGUCAUCUGCGUCUUCACACGGGUGAACGACCUUUUGAAUGUCCGGUCUGCCAUAAAUCCUUUGCCGAUCGAUCAAAUUUACGUGCGCAUCAAAGGACUCGGAAUCACCAUCAAUGGCAAUGGCGAUGCGGGGAAUGUUUCAAAGCAUUCUCGCAAAGACGAUAUUUGGAACGACAUUGCCCCGAAGCUUGUAGAAAAUAUCGAAUAUCUCAAAGGAGGGAACAGAAUUGUAGUUAGAAGGCAAAUUUUAUUUCUUUAGUAUAAACAUAUUUUUAUAUUGAAAUAUCUAAUGUAAUAUAUUAAAUGUAUUUCGUUAAUUAACACUGUAAAAUUUGAAUUCGAAA